GUUAUCGAUAUUUUCGAUAUCAUCACCAAACACUAAAGACAUAAGUAUAAGCAUAAAAGCAGCAACAACUACAGUAUAAUCAAUUUCGUUGUUUUCCUUGUUUCCCGUGCGAACCGUUUUUUUUCUAAUUGUGAUUCUGUUAUCGAUAUAAUGAUGUCCUCACCAAGUCCAGGCAAAAGAAGAAUGGAUACCGAUGUCCUAAAAUUGAUUGAAUCUAAACAUGUAGUUACUAUCCUUGGUGGAUUAAAUGAAUUUUGUGUGAAAUUUUAUGGACCCAAAGGAACACCUUAUGAAGGAGGUGUUUGGAAGGUUCGUGUGGAUCUACCAGAGAAAUAUCCAUUUAAAUCACCGUCCAUCGGAUUUAUGAACAAAAUUUAUCAUCCUAACAUCGAUGAAGUAUCUGGAACUGUUUGUUUGGAUGUUAUCAAUCAAGCCUGGACAGCUCUUUAUGAUCUCUCCAACAUAUUUGAAUCAUUUUUACCUCAAUUACUCACCUACCCAAAUCCAAUUGAUCCUCUAAAUGGUGAUGCUGCAGCAUUGUAUCUUCAUAAACCCGAGGAAUACAAUAGGAAAGUUGCAGAUUAUGUGAAAAAAUAUGCUACCGAAGAAGCGUUGAAAGAACAGCAAGACAAAGAAUCUUCGUCCGAGGAAAGCUCGAUGAGUGAUUUCUCUGAUGAUGAAACUAAAGAUAUGGAAUUAUAACUUGAACUUAUCAUUCUUAUCAACCUAAUAGCAUACACAUAUUACAUACAUGCAUACAAAACCUCUACAUAAAUAAAUAAAACAUACACUCACACACAUAAACACACCACAUGAAAAAAAACAAACUCACCAAAAAACACAAGCCAACACAAAAAAAACCAUCUCUUACCAUCCGUACAACUGAAUUUUAUCAAAUUACAUGAAGAGGAUUCACAUGUGAUACGAAAUAAUCAAGAAACGAAAAAUCAAAACCUUUGCAAUUUUGAAUGGUGAUAAAAUUGUUCAAGACAUCAUGCUUUGGGCUAAAACAAAGAGGAAAAAAAAGGUUUACAUCAAUAGUUUAAUUAAGAGAUUAUGACAUGGUGUGUUAUUUUGAAUGAAAAAAAAAUCAAUUGGUAUUUACUAAUUACUACUACGUAAAGUUGUUGUCGUGGCUACAUAUUUAUAAAAAUAUAUUGUAAUUUUAUUAUAGAUGUGUAACCCAUUUAGGUGAUUGUUUUUGAUUGAUUAUGGAGAUAGUUUUUGGUUGUCAUUUGAUAAUCUUUGGUAAGGAAUAAUAUCACAAUAUAAUUAAGCUAUUGAUGGCAAUUGAUCGACAUUUUUUUUCUAAUUUUUCUUUGUUUGUCAGGAAUCUUCUAUUCUAUUUCAUUUUUUCUCUCACGUUUUUUUUGUAAAACACCAAAGGCUAACCAUUAACCAGAUAAUUGUCAUAAUUAAAGAUAAAAGAAAUCAUUGUUAUUACUGUUAACACAAGAAAACGAAGACCCGAUGACUGCUCGAUUUAUGGAGUUGACAGUUUGCUUUUUAAGUGUUCAUUUCUUUUUGGUACAUCAUCUCAAACGAAUCACUUACAAGCCCAAAAACCCACAAACAAACGAAAAAAAGUAAACUAAUUAAUCAAUCCCUUAAUUACCCGAGCAAUGUAAAUCAUAUUCUUCUUUUUUCUGUACUUUUCUUGUUUCACAAUUUGAAAAAAUGAAAGAUUCGUUUCAUUAUAUUCAA